GUCGUGCCAAUUAAGCCAAAUGAGAAGCAGCUGCUCCACCUGUCACAGAAUCCAAAGAUGAGCUUCCACAGUACAGACUUCCUUUCGGUGACAUUUAUUUUAUCAUCGCUGCUACUGUUGAAAUGUGAAGCGCAUUCUUCUUCAAAACAAUUUCAAGCAACAGUUUCUAACACUGUGGAUAAUGACACACACAUUUGCCACGAUGGCUUCAUGUCUGUUUACAUAUCAAAGAUGCAAUUUGCUAAUCUUCCUUUCAGCAUUUAUGUUCAAGAUGAACACGGUGGAUAUUACCAAGCCAUCGCUAUAGCAAAACAGUGCCACUACUUCCUUGGAGAAGAUGAUCGCUUUAUUAUCUUAACAGUUGCUCCCGAUGGAUGUUUUGUAAGAAGACAAGUAAGCUUAAAGAAACAUGUCACAAAUCUGAUCGUUUGCAUCGCGGCACUCGCAGACGGGGGAAGAGUUGAAAUUGUCAAGCGAAUACCUCUCAUCUGCAAAAGGAAAAUGAAAGAGGUGAACACAAUUGAUUAUCCACUGGUAUCGAGACACUCUCUCUGCAACAAGGACGGGUUUAACAUCACCGUCGCUCAGAAUGCCACAGUCCCACCUCUGAACCUGGACGCCAUCUGGAUCCCUUCUAGCAAAAGCCACAAUUGUAAACCCAAAAAGACCAAAGAUGCUGUCACUUUCAGCUUUCCAUUCACUGAUUGUGGCACUCAGUCUAUGAUAGUAGAUGGGAUUAUAACCUACUGGGUCAACAUUGAGGUGAAACAGUAUCUGCAGAAAGGCUCUAUAUUUCAUGACACUCCUUUCCUUCGUACUGUGCAUUGUAGCUUUGCACUGGCCCAAAUUACUCGGCUGGGUAUCGAGGUUCAGGGAGAAACAUCCAAGUACCUGUCAACACUGAAGAAUGAGGGGAUACUGAGGACUGAAAUUAGGUUUGCCAAAGAUUCCAAUUACAAGUCUUUCCAUUCCUCUCGAGACUCUCCAACAGUAACUGAGCUCGGCCAGCCUGUGUAUGUGGAAGUGUUUGUUCUCAAACAUGAGGCCAAGGGCUUAGUGCUGCUGCUGGGUGACUGCUGGGCAACACCGACUAAAAACCCACAUGACCCACAGAGAUGGACCCUGCUCGUUAAAGGAUGUCCUUUCAGUGGUGAUGGCCACAGAACUGUUGUGUUGCCAGUUGUCCCCAGUGAGGCCCUGAAAUAUCCCUCUCUUCAUAAAUGGUUUGUGGUCAAGAUGUUCUCAUUCGUGGAGCCACAAACAUUUCAAAAUCUGGUAUAUUUCCACUGUGAAACUGAGAUCUGUAAAGGACCAGAUUGCUUACAGUCCUGCAGAAGGAGUAAAGUAAGACGAUUCACACAAGGGCCAGGACAGAGGAUUCUUUACAAUGUAGUCUCUGGUGGACCUCUUCUUUAUCUACUGUAAACACUCUGUAUCUACAGAAAAAGUCCUGCUAUUUCAAGUUAUAUUUGGAAGCACAAUUAAGAAGUUCAAUCAAAAGCAGUCUAUGAUUUCUAAUAAACAUAAGUCUGUUCCUUACUAUACUGGUCAUAAA